AUGACUAAGGCCAAACGAUCAAAACUCGGCUGCCGCACUUGCAAAAUACGACGUGUGAAAUGUGAUGAAGGUCGCCCUGCUUGCCAAACAUGCCUCUCAACCGGUCGGAUCUGCGAUGGUUAUGGGAUCUGGGGUGGAGGAGGGAACACGUAUGGACAGCGCAUGAAGAACGCUGAAGGCCAGCGAGGGCCUUGUCUCGUUCAGAGACAUCCGUUAAUCAAGACAACCCUUUCAGCCACCGGCUUGACCACCGAUGAAUCCUUACAUUUCGACUGGUUCACCCACCGAUCCAGGCCGAAGCUACCGGGCGCCUUUCGAACCGAGCUAUGGGAGCAAGUCAUGAUUCAAGCUAGUGUAACAGAGCCUGCGGUGCUGCACGCAGUCCUUGCUUUGAGCUCUAGUCACCGGAGCGACGUCGUGAAACAUGUCUGCUCAGGGCCCACGCCAGGGAAUGAGCUUGAGAGGUUCACACUGCUACAGUAUAGCAAGGCUAUCAAGCAUUUGUACCCGCGACUUCAGAGGAGAGACCACGAAACAUCCAUCAUGGCACUUGUGGCGUGCGCGCUAUUCAUCCACAUGGAAAACAUGCUCGGUCGAUACGACUCCAGCCUCAUCCAUCUCACCCACGGCCUAAACAUCUUGAAAAGCAUGUACAACCCGUCAGGCACGUUGGCAAACUCGGACUGCAUUUCACUAAAGUCUUGGACUGAUUGCACGAAUGACUGGAUCAUCCAAACGUUCCUCGCCUUGGAUAUUCAGGCCAGAAUUCUCAGAAAUGACUAUCAUGAUCUACUCUGGAGUCCAAUCAACAUAUUGACAAGACAGAAGACUUUCCACUCACCCGAGACUGCGAGACAAGAGCUCGAUAUGCUCUUGAUCAGUACCCUUCUUUUGACUCAACAACUCCGAGAGACAAAACGGGCUCCCAGUUCCAAUGAUCUGCAGCAACGGAUUGACAUCCUGACGAGGUUAAACUCCUGGCUAAAAAUGGUGGAUGAGACUCGAUCUCAGUCGAUUGCUCCAGUCAGCAGCAAAGAUGACUUCGCCUACCAGCUCCUAUGCCUAUAUCACACCGUGACUAUGAUCAUGACCGAUGUCUCAAUCUAUGCGGAUCCUGAAUGCCGUUACGAUCAUCACACAUCCACAUUCAUCUCAGUAUUAAGGCAAGGGAUUAGUCUCUUCAAGAAAGCACCAACGCACAGCACGUCGCACGAACCUCAAGGGAGUACGGAUUCAAGGAGUAUCUGUGACCUGGGUUGGAUCAUGCCGCUCUACUUUACCGCCACCAAGUGCCGACAUCAUCGGAUAAGGUUGCAAGCCAUCAGGAUGCUGGAGAUGAGUCUGCAUAAGGAAGGCAUUUGGGAUUCCGCAAUGGCAGCUUCCAUAGCUCGUGAAGCCAUGCAGACUGAAGAGGGACAAUUUCUCGCAGACGUGAAACUGAUGGACGACUUCAACAGCCUUAUUGCCCCUCGAGAAGAGGAUCUAUACCAUCCACUAGUACCGCCGUCGCUCAGAUUGAGGGAUCUCAAAAUCUACCUAGGACAUGUGGGAGGACAGACCCUUCUUAGAUACAGGAAAGGACAAAAGUCUCACCUAAAGGUCUACGAUCCUUCGACGCGCAUUUUCACUAAUGCGUCGAGCCUGUCAAACCACGGUGCCUUGCUGCAGUCUGUGGGAGUAUGAGAAGGAAAAAUUCGAGCCAUUCCGAAGAAUUUCACUCUUGUUAUCGCCGACCAUCAACCCAGUAGACUGCAGAACUCCCGGGAUUAUGCUCCUAUCAAGACGAAGACGACAGCACCAAUUGCAGUCCUGUCCUUCAGACCAUUACCGCAUACUCAAUCAAGGACAAGGCUCACGAUUUAUUGCCCCUCCAACUCCUUCUCGGUCCAUUCCCAAAGUUUCCUGGCAAGCUCUGGGUCUUUGGCCACGGCACCCUGCUUUCCACCAAUCCCAACCGGCUCAUAAUACUGACCACUGGACACGUUUCUCGCGGUUGCUGCCCACAAUUGAUUCUUUGCACCCUCCUGCACGCUGACUCCGAAAAGUGGAAUCACGACUCUGCGGAGGAAGUUCACCACAAGGCUGCUCUCUGGUGUGGAGAAGAGAUCUGUUUUGACAUUUCCGGGGUGAAUUGAGACAGCUGUGAUCUGCGGAUAUCUCUUUGCGAUUUCUUGAGGGUAUAAAAGAUUCGCCAAUUUACUUUGGCCGUACUUUGCCGUUCCGCUCAGGUCCCCGCCCUUGGUUUUGAGGCUUUCGAAGACAAUUCCACCAGCUGGACCGUACUUGUGUCCAAGUGAGCUGACGAAGACGACUCGCGGUUCGUCCCCAAUGGGAUUCCUGUCGGCCUCGAGAAGUUGAGGUACGAGAAGCUUGAAGAGCAAUGCAUGCCCAACGUGGUUGAUACCUAUAUGGAAUUCGUACCCUUCUUUGGUGGUAGUGGGAGGACCUCCCAUGACGCCGGCAUCUGCCAAUCGUUGAUCAAUAAGCUAGCUAAGAGCGGGUAUAACAGGGCUCACUCACUGCACAUCAAAAUGUCGAGCCGAGGGGAUGAUUCUUGGAAAGUCUUGACGGCUUUCUUGAUCGAUUCAAAUGAGGCCAAGUCCAUCUCUAGGAAACGAACCUUCGCCCCAGGGGUUGCGGCUUUGAUUUCGUCGACAGUCUCAUUGCCAGUCUUUGCGUUGCGUGCGGCGAUCCACAGCUGAGCCGGAUUGUGCUUGGACAGGUCGAGGGCACUUUGUUUGCCAAUACCAAUAUUUCCACCGGUGAUCAAGAUGACUUUGCCAUCGAGACUCGGGAUAUCCCUUGCGGGGUCAAAUGAAUUGCCACCCAUUUCGUUUUGAGACCGAGAGGCAGAAGCUGUGAAGUUAUGUGGCUCAGAGAUCAUGGGAGUUGAAGGGGUAUAAGUACCAUUCUUGGGAUCAGGCAAGACAUCUGCUAGGGUAGCCCUGGGAUCGGAAAGCGGAAUUGUUUAUUCGUCAGAACCUGUUUGUCGGAGUUCAGAUAAGGAAGACGGUCGCAGAUUGCUUCUCUUGGUAUUUGCUCACCUGGCUAUAGCCUCCUCGAUAUAGCGACAACGCUGGGACCAAGACCCACGAGUGCCUCGGCCAGCCAAUCAAUGUACGAGUUAGACGAGCAGACCAAUCAGCGGACUGUCGCGGAACUCGGGGAGGACUUGGUUCCAAUGUGCGGAUUCGGAUCUGUUGACAGGUCUGUGAGACAAUCAUUUACCUCCUCAAACCCAUAUCUUGUACACCUAAAUGAUGGAAGAUACAUUUCUUGUCGACACGACAGCUCUCUCGGUCGCCAAGACCCCUGGAAGUAUCUCCUCAUCGAGAGCCAGUGUACUGCACGGUCCGGUCAGUGCGGGAGUGCCCCGACACACUCUCGACGCUGUUGAAUGAAGCUGGCGACACUUGAUACACCUCCUGAGGAAGCCAACGAUCAACCGUACAAGGUUGACCGAACAUAGUGAACCCGAGCCGGGUUGAUGCCGACGCAACAAGCCAUCGCUUACGAGGAUUUUUUGGGCCCAACAAUCGCUCAGAAACACAUCAACACGUUUGAUGCCUUGUU